AGCUGAGGAGACCAGGUAGCCCGUGCGAGCGCUGGCGGCGAGGUGGCCCCGGCACGGGGCCCUACUGUGCGCGCGGGCGCGGCGCCGGCCCUGCCGCUCCCGCCCGGCGCGCGCCGCCGCCCCCGCCUCCGCCCCGCGCCCGCCCCCGGCCCCGCUCCGCUCGGCGGCGGGCAGGCGGGGCCCACCGCGCUGGGAGCCGAGCCGGAGCCGGAGCCGCCGCCUGGGGCGCUCGGGUCGGCCGCGGGGACACCGGAGCGGCCGCCACGCCGCCGCCACCGCCGCAGAUUUGAAAGAAACCAACUCUGAACCACAGAUACACAACAAGAAGGCUAUUUUCUCAAACAGGAUUGCCCUUUAACGUUCCAGAAGAAAGAAACCAAAUUUCAAUGACCGGCUUUGGCGAAGAGCCAAGGACAAAACUACAUAACAAAACAGGGUUUCUACUGGUCCUUCACACGUUCCAGCCCAGCCACGUGGACCCUGUGGUUCCCCCUAACCUCUUUUCAAUUAAGCCACUUCUUUGGGACAAGGAAUUACCAUGGUUGACACAGAGAUGCCGUUCUGGCCCACCAACUUUGGAAUCAGCUCCAUGGACCUCUCCGUGAUGGACGACCACUCCCACUCCUUCGACAUCAAGCCCUUCACCACAGUCGAUUUCUCCAGCAUUUCCACUCCACACUAUGAAGACAUUCCGUUCACCAGAGCUGAUCCAAUGGUGGCUGAUUAUAAAUAUGACCUAAAGCUCCAAGAGUACCAAAGUGCAAUCAAAGUGGAACCUGUGUCCCCACCUUAUUAUUCUGAAAAGACUCAGCUCUACAAUCGGCCUCAUGAGGAGCCCUCUAACUCCCUCAUGGCCAUCGAGUGCCGCGUGUGUGGAGAUAAAGCUUCUGGGUUCCACUAUGGUGUUCACGCCUGUGAAGGUUGCAAGGGUUUCUUCCGGAGGACCAUCCGAUUGAAGCUUAUUUAUGAUAGAUGUGAUCUUAACUGUCGGAUCCACAAAAAAAGUAGAAAUAAAUGUCAGUACUGUCGAUUUCAGAAAUGCCUGGCUGUGGGGAUGUCUCAUAAUGCCAUCAGGUUUGGGCGGAUGCCACAGGCCGAGAAGGAGAAGCUGUUGGCCGAGAUCUCCAGUGAUAUCGACCAGCUGAACCCAGAGUCUGCUGAUCUCCGGGCCCUGGCAAAGCAUUUGUAUGACUCAUACAUAAAGUCCUUCCCACUGACCAAAGCCAAGGCGAGGGCGAUCUUGACAGGAAAGACAACAGACAAAUCACCAUUUGUCAUCUAUGACAUGAAUUCCUUAAUGAUGGGAGAAGAUAAAAUCAAGUUCAAACACAUCACGCCCCUGCAGGAGCAGAGCAAAGAGGUAGCCAUCCGCAUCUUUCAGGGAUGCCAGUUUCGCUCAGUGGAAGCUGUGCAAGAGAUCACAGAGUAUGCCAAAAGCAUUCCGGGUUUUGUUAACCUUGACUUGAAUGACCAAGUAACUCUCCUCAAAUACGGUGUCCAUGAGAUCAUCUAUACCAUGCUGGCCUCCCUGAUGAAUAAAGAUGGCGUCCUCAUAUCAGAGGGCCAAGGAUUCAUGACAAGGGAGUUCCUCAAGAGCCUGCGGAAGCCCUUUGGUGACUUUAUGGAACCCAAGUUUGAGUUUGCUGUGAAAUUCAAUGCACUGGAAUUAGAUGACAGCGACUUGGCAAUAUUUAUAGCCGUCAUUAUUCUCAGUGGAGACCGCCCAGGCUUGCUGAACGUGAAGCCCAUCGAGGACAUCCAGGACAACCUGCUGCAAGCCCUGGAGCUCCAGCUCAAGCUGAACCACCCCGAGGCCUCGCAGCUGUUCGCCAAGCUGCUCCAGAAAAUGACAGACCUCAGACAGAUAGUCACCGAGCACGUGCAGCUAUUGCAAGUGAUCAAGAAGACGGAAACGGACAUGAGUCUUCACCCACUCCUCCAGGAAAUCUACAAGGACUUGUAUUAGCAGAGAAGUCCCACUCCAGUGACAACUUGUCUCUUCUUCCAAUUGCACUAUUAUUUUGAGGGAAAAUCUGACACCUAAGAAAUUUACUGUGAAAAAAAAAAAAGCAUUUUAAAAAAAGAAAAGGUUUUAGAAUAUGAUCUAUUUUAUGCAUAUUGUUUAUAAAGAUACAUUUACAAUUUACUUUUAAUAUUAAAAAUUAUCAUGUUAUGAAAUUGCCGAUA